ACACUCUAACCGAACCUGGCCUGUUUACUAUUAUCGCGAUCAAUAUACAUAUACAGAAUUCGGCGGAUUCAUUCAUCAGCGCAUCUUUCAGCGGAACCCUAAAAACUCCUGAAUUUAUUUGAGUUGAUUACGUACGUUUUUGAUGAGUCCGUGUUUGAUUUAUUCCUUGGGUUCAACAUAAAAAGUCUGAUGGAUCUUGCCGCCGCGGCUUUAUGCAUUGGCUUUGCCUCCCUAAUGAGAUUUUCAAGCAGUAGCAAAAAGAUGAAUUGUGAGCUUUUACGUCGAGCUAUACCGGUGAAUGACCUAAAAGGGUUGGGGGAAUGUCUUGAAAAUAAUAAGAUAAAAAACCCCACUGUUAUGGUACAUGGAACAGUUGGAUCAACCUCAACCGUGGCCGUGGAGAACAGCCGUUUUGGUGUUUUCAUAAAGGAAACGACUUCACUUGAGUUAAAAAGGAUGAAUCUCUUUGUUUCGGCAGUACCGGACUCGAGCAGUAUCAUCAUCGAUACCGAGGAAGCGGAUUCAGUUGAGUUUGAGAGGACGAAUCUCUUUGAUUCGGCAGUACCGGACUCUAAAACCAUUUCUGUAAGCCGUAAGGAAGUUCCUUGGUAUUUGGAUGAUGGUACUGCUCGAGUCUAUGUAUUGGAUUACCAAUAUGCCACAGGAUUUUAUGAUACUUUAAAAACGUACUUCUCUACUGAACCAGUCAUUACAUACUUUAAAAGCCCUGUUUCUGAUGAAAAAAUCAAGAUUACUGAUAUUGACUGUAACAAGUGUUCUCAAGUUCUUGAGAUUGGCACGUAUUUGACUGUUGUUGGUAAGGCUGUGAGAGACAAAGAUGGAGCUCCCACGAUAGGAAACGCAUAUCAGUUCUUCAAUGGACAUAUACAACUUAACGAAUUGGUUACUGAUUUGGAAUCAGAAUCAGAGGGACUCGGGAAUUUAUCCUUUUGCUUAACAGUUUUGGGUGCAAUUUUGCUAGCUCUGAACAUAAUACAAACUGCUGUAGAAAGACCGCGAUGAUAACGCAUAAAUCAAUUUGAGUUUUUGCAUUGUUUUUAACUGUCGUUCUAUUAGUCGCUCACUUUAUAUGUUUAUCAAUCAGAUUAAAACAAACAACGUGAUUGUGUUAUU